CGUCAGGAGAUUAGUGAAUCGCAGCUGGAAUGCGAGCUUGAUUCACAAAGGCAUAAGAGGGAGACAAAGCCACCGAGAAGAAGAUACGCACACCGGACUGCCACAUCCCGCACAGCCAUGAAGGGAGAGCAUUUAUUUGCCAACAUGAGAAGCGCUCCAUUCUUCCAGCGGAUUUACCUCUUAGGAGGAGAGGAGCUGGUAGUGCUACAGUCCACCAUGGGAGAGUCCUCACUGGGAGACAGUUUCCAACAAAUCACCGACUUCAACGACCUUCCCACGUCCCUCUUCGCCUGCAAUGUGGACCAAUCAGUAUUUGAAGACCAUGAGGGCAAGGAAAUGUUCGAAGCGCUCUUCCUCGCGUACGAUGAGGGUGUGACGUUCCAGCAGUUUAAGAGCUUCAGACGUGUACGAAUCAAUUUCAGUAACCCUAAAGCAGCAGCCAGCGCAAGAAUAGAGCUGCACGAGACGCCUUUCAGAGGAAAGAAACUCAAACUCUACUUUGCCCAGGUGCAGAACCCAGCAUCCGAAGGAGACAAUUUGCACCUGGCUCCUCCACAGCCUUCGAAACAGUUCCUCAUCUCUCCCCCUGGCUCACCUCCAGUCGGCUGGCAACAGAUUGAUGAGGCCACACCGGUUAUUAACUAUGACCUGCUGUAUGCAGUUGCCAAGCUUGGCCCAGGUGAGAAGUUCGAGCUCCAUGCAGGCACAGAGUCUACGCCCAGUGUGGUGGUCCACGUCUGUGACAGCGACACGGAUGAGGAGGAGGAACCAAAGAACAACCCUAAACCAAAAAUUAUCCAGACCCGACGUCCAGACCUGCCGGUCUCACACUGAACUCUACAGCUCCACACAGAGUCAGGAGGAUUUGUACCCUCCACCAUCUCCUUCACGGGACCUCUGCCACCCUUCAGAACCUUAUCAAACACAACCAGGGUCUGAGGGACUCUGAUCUGUGGUUCUCGCUCAGCACACACACAUCUAUACAAAUCCUCAAUGUGCCGUCACACAAUUUUUUGGGUUUUUAUGUUGGCAAUACUCUAUGUUAAAUAUGGCCGCUCUCUGUCCCUCUUUCCCAAUCCCACUCUGUUGUAAUACCAUCUGAUCACCACUUAGAGGCAGCAUGUACCCAUCCCUGCUCUCACACACAUCUCUGAUUGGCUCCUGGGCCGUGGCACAUCAUAGUGUCAGAUGUGCCUAUUGGCUUUUCCCUUGCACCACACAACUAUGUACCACCUAUGUACCAACAGUACAUUCUUCAUAAGGGCAUGCUAGCCACUAAAUGUGGCUAAACACCAGCGCUGCAUGUGGCAUCCUUAGAAAUAUAAAUUGCCUAACAAACUUCUGUCAGAUAACCCUAGUUUGGCAAACGACAGACUGGCGUAGCAAAAAAAGGAUUGUUCCCUUCAGGCCAGUGCAUGUUCUGAUAGCAAACUGUACAUUUUGAGUUUAAUUUCCUGCUGUGUGUAAUUGUCUGUGUCCUGCCAACAGUGUUCUUACAAAAAAAACAAACAAAAAAAAAAAACAACGAAGCUUUUCCAGACGACAAGCUGAAGCUGAUUUUGACCAUAAACCCAUGCACCUUUUAAUUUGUUGCUUCCUCAAUGUGAAUCUUUUUUGUUGUUGUUGCUGUUGUAGUGCUUAGUCCUUUAUGCCUGGAAACCGAAAAGAGAUUUUAUUUAUAGGAUUCAAUUGCAGAUUAAAUGACAUCUACGGGUAAUCAGAUGUCAUUUAAUGAAGUCUGUAAUAUGCAUGGUUACUUGUUUUCUAGAAUCUAACGUAGAUGUCCAAAUCCAUAGUUUGUGGGACUUCAUUCGCACAGGGGUGCGUUUCCCAAACAACGACAGAACUCGUGGCUGAACUAUCAUAGUACGAUGCAUCGUUUGGGAAAAGAACCAUGUAGUGACGAGUGCUUCCCAAAACCGUAGCUGCUUUGUGGCAAAUCCAUCAGUUGAAACACGUCAGUUAUGACGUAAAAUGUCCAUAAUGACGCUCUAAACAGGGUGGAGUAACUACUUUAGAGAAAAACCCCAUACUUUUUUGUGCAAAUGAUAUUGUUUUACACACACACACACACACGCAUUUAAAAAAAUCCAAUAUUAGUUUUGGUAGAAACAUGCACUCGUUUUUCAUAUUAACUGAAAUAAAUGUAAACAGCACAUAUAGGGCCAAUAUUUCCUUUACAGAUAUUGAGAAUAUUACUUAUUCUAUUCAAAAAAAUUUUUAGCUAACACUCUGAUCUCAUAUAUAAUCAUUAGGCUAAUAACUGUGAUUUACAAUAGGCCAUUAAAUAAGAAAAGGAAAAAAAAACAUUUCUUUUUUUAUCUAUCUUAAUAAUAAUAUUAUUAUUAAUUUAUUAUUAUUAUUAUUAUCAAGGAUUUUAGGUGCAUCCCAAAUUGCAUACUUAUGCACUAUUUUACGCCAUUUAGUAGUAUAAAUAGUGUAUAAGUAGUGCAUUCACACUGAAAACGCAUAUAAGUGCACUUUAAUUCUCUGGAUGAUGCACUUGUUCAACCAGUAAAAUGAAGUGUGGAAUGAUGGACACUUCAUGCACUCAACGGCCACAGCUUUCCUCAUGUAGCGGAAAGGGCGGAGCUUUCAGGCGCUCAUGUUGAAUUACUUUAUUUUGGAUUGUGAAAGCAAAAUUCUCCUACAAGAAUGAUUAUACCGCCUCUCAGUGGUGAAUGCCGUUAUACUCAUGGCUGGAAUUAUUUGGUAGUGUCGAUUUAUUUCACUAAAUUGGCAACCGUCAAACGUCAUCUGGGAAACGCUUUGAAUUUCUGCUUAGUAAAAAACCCAUUAGUGUUCCAUUUGGACAACACUACACACAUAUACUAUGCUGUUGAGUGUGUAAGUGCAUAAGUACAUAGUAGAUAAGAGCAUAGUGUAUAGUGUGCCAUUUGGGACGCAGCUUUCGUUUAUUUUUUUAAAGUCUACUUUUACAAUUUGACACAUUCAAACCACUGCAGAAAAGCUCUACCAACAGGCCCAUGUCAUAUACAGUACAGACAAGUUUCUAAAUAAAAAACCUACUUUAGAUUAAAACCCAUUAACGAAUGCUAUAUAUUUUUGUUUUCAUAAGCUUUGGAGAUGUAACAUGAAUUCCGCUUUUAAAUAAUAGGUUACCUAUAGCUUUCGUCAUGAGUCUCGGCUGCAUUCCAAAUGGCAUAAAUGUUUUCAAAAUGCACUACGAAGGGAGCGAAAUUGUCUAUAUGAAGAUCGCUAAAACUGAACAGUAAAAAUACUUUGAAAGCAAAUUACACCUAAGAGAGAUGAUGUUAAUGCUUUUUUU